AUGUCCGGCACCAAACUGGAGGACUCCCCACCUUGUCGCAACUGGUCAUCUGCUCCGGAGCUGAAUGCAACUCAAGAGCCCUUUUUAAACCCCACCGACUAUGACGACGAGGAAUUCCUGCGGUACCUGUGGAGGGAAUACCUCCACCCCAAAGAAUACGAGUGGGUCCUGAUCGCCGGCUACAUCAUCGUGUUCGUGGUGGCUCUCAUUGGGAACGUCCUGGUUUGUGUGGCUGUGUGGAAGAACCACCACAUGAGGACGGUGACCAAUUACUUCAUCGUCAACCUUUCUCUGGCUGACGUGCUCGUGACCAUCACCUGCCUUCCAGCCACUUUAGUAGUGGACAUCACUGAGACCUGGUUCUUUGGACAAUCCCUCUGUAAAGUGAUUCCUUAUUUACAGACCGUGUCAGUGUCUGUGUCUGUCCUCACACUGAGCUGCAUUGCCUUGGAUCGGUGGUAUGCGAUCUGUCACCCUUUGAUGUUUAAGAGCACAGCCAAGCGGGCCCGGAACAGCAUCGUCAUCAUCUGGAUUGUGUCCUGCAUCAUAAUGAUCCCUCAGGCCAUCGUCAUGGAGUGCAGCACCAUGCUCCCUGGCUUAGCCAAUAAAACCACUCUCUUUACAGUCUGUGAUGAGCACUGGGGCGGUGAAAUUUACCCCAAGAUGUAUCACAUCUGUUUCUUUCUGGUGACCUACAUGGCACCACUGUGUCUUAUGGUGUUGGCCUAUCUGCAAAUAUUUCGUAAACUCUGGUGCCGACAGAUUCCUGGAACAUCAUCUGUAGUUCAGAGAAAAUGGAAGGCCCUGCAGCCUCUUUCACAGCCUCGGGGGCCAGGACAGCAGACCAAAUCCAGGAUUAGCGCUGUGGCCGCUGAAAUAAAGCAGAUCCGAGCCAGACGGAAAACAGCCCGGAUGCUGAUGGUUGUGCUUUUGGUGUUUGCAAUUUGCUAUCUACCAAUUAGCAUCCUCAAUGUGCUAAAGAGAGUAUUUGGGAUGUUUACCCACACGGAAGACAGAGAGACUGUAUAUGCCUGGUUUACCUUUUCACACUGGCUUGUAUAUGCCAAUAGUGCUGCGAACCCAAUUAUUUAUAAUUUUCUCAGUGGAAAAUUUCGAGAGGAAUUUAAAGCUGCAUUUUCUUGCUGUUGCCUUGGAGUUCACCGCCAGGAGGAUCCGCUGGCCCGGGGACGGACGAGCACUGAGAGCCGAAAGUCCCUGACCACCCAGAUCAGCAACAUUGAUAACAUAUCAAAACUGUCCGAGCAGGUCGUGCUCACGAGCGUUAGCACACUCCCAGCGGCCAACGGUGCGGGGCCACUCCAAAACUGGUAUCUACAACAGGGACCACCAUCAUCACUACUGUCAACCUGAUUGGAGGUCAGAAAGAAGAGGCUAAGUACCAAUGUUGAAAGUCACUCAGCAUUAUCUCACUCAAAGAGGUAAUGCUUUAUGAAAUAGUGCCCCUGUGUUACAAGUGCAGUUUGGAAGAAGACAGGUUUUAAAGCCCUGGCGUGCUUUAUGGCUACUUGGAUGAUUUGAGUUUCUUUCUUUUUUUUUUUUUUUAAGAUUUUUUUGAUGUGGACCAUUUUUUUAAAAAGCCUUUAUUGAGUUUAUUACAAUAUUGCUUCUGUUUUAUGUUUUGGUUUUUUGACCCCGAGGCAUGUGGGAUCUUAGCUCCCCGACCUGGGGUCAAACCCUCACCCCCUGCAUUGGAAGGCGAAGUCUUAACCACUGGACCACCAGGGAGGUCCCUGAGUUUCUAACUAAAACCUUCAAAUCUCCAGUUUUAUUUACCCUUACAAAAACCUAAGUUUGUAGAAGCAGACAGUUGCCAAGAAUGAGCAUUUCCCAGAAGGAAAAAGCAAACACACACCAGUCCUUACAAGAAACUGUGGGAAUGGAAUAACAGCCCAGGCACACUGCUGUCAACUUGUUGAUACAAGAAUCCUCCUAAGAGGUCUGGAUUUAGUACUGACCAUCAUAGGGCAAAUGGGAAAGAAACAGGUGUUCCCAAAACCUGCCAGUCUUAUGGAACAAAGGGUCAACUACUUAUGUGUUAAUAACACAAAUUAGAAGACUUCUUCUGAAAGCAGUGUGUUGUGACUGUUUGAUGCUACACAUAGAAUAUAUAUCUCUCUUGUUUUGCUAUAUUUCACAGAUUGAAUGUAAAAUGUCAUUAAUUUUACUGAAAUUUUGUUAUCAAUAAGAGUGUGAUAAUAAUUUUACCUAAUAUAGAAUCCAUUUGAAGUUCAUUAUUUCUGAAUUUCUACAAACCUAUGAUAAUGUUGAUAUUCGAAUUCAUUCAUUCUUGGCAAAAAGGUAAUUCUCAAUUUCUGAGGAAAAUGUCUUCUAAAUUCUCCAAGGCUUGGAACAUUUCUUAGGUAUUAAAUAACUGUUAUAAAUCAUUGAUAAGUUAAUUGCAAAACUGUCAGGCACAAUGAUAUUGAGCUUCACUACCAGUGUACAUUGUUUUAAUGAAGAUAAAGGAAAAUAUGCUUAUAAAAUGUAAUCUGAAUAUACAUAAACCUGAAUGACAAUGUCAGAAUGACAAACCUCAUAGAUACUUUUGGACACAAAUUGUGAAGAGGGCUAUUACUAUUUUAAUGCUAGUGUAAUAAUAGAUGUUUUACAUUUGAUAUAAAUAAUAAUAAUCAAAUGCAUUUCAAAAACAAUCUGGGAAGUCAUUAUAAUUUAGAAAACUUUUCAAUUCCAAUUAAUUUUACAACAGAAGAUUUUCCUACAAGUUACAAGUCAAAAAAGAGUAAAUUCUAUUAGGUUAUGUGCAAUUAGCUUUCAAAUGGCAUGAAGCAGAAUUAUAGAUUUUUUUUAGAGACAAUAUAUGUAAACAGAAAAUAUUGUUAAUUUAAGUCUAUUCUAUUAUCUUAUGCACAUAGAAAGUGAAGUGCAAAGGCAUGAAAAACACUGUUAUCUCCCCAAAUUCAAAGGGGAUUGUUUUCUAGAGAACUAUUACAUUAAAGAGGGAGAAAAUUACUGCCACCCUCUUGCCACGUAUUUCUAUGAUCUCAAAAUUUCUUUGUAAGUUUUCGAGUCAGAAUGCCUUUUAAGUUUUUCAUGAAAUGUAUUUCUAUAA